AUGUCCUCAAACCCAAUAAAACAGCCCCAGUGGCACAAGCCGCAGGGCUCUGAAACGCCCCGGUUGCGGGUCAACAACUCUAUGACAAAGUCCAAGGAGGACUUUAUUCCGAUAAAUGGGAACAAAGUGGGCUGGUACUGCUGCGGACCUACUGUUUAUGACUUUUCGCAUAUGGGGCAUGCUAGGUGCGUGGCAUUGGGGAGCUUGUGGGGCUAUUGGGAGACGGUGUUGAGGAGGUCACCAUGGGAAGUGCCGACGUACAUCGCAUUCGACAUCAUCCGGAGGAUCAUGGAGGACUACUUCAAAUAUGACGUCUUUUACGUCAUGAACAUUACCGACAUCGAUGAUAAGAUCAUCAAAGAGGCUCGCUUCAAGUACCUGUUCGACAGGCUGAGAAACGAGACGAAGACUCUUUCCCCUUCUCUUCUCGAGACGGUGGAGGCAGCAUGGAGGGAUUACAGCAAAUCGAAGUUCAAAGCGCAAGCCCCAGCGUCGAUUGAGGAGUAUGCUGCCUUUCUUGCAAAGUACGAGGGAGGAGGCAUUCCAGAGGCCAAGGAGGAGGCGAAAUAUGACCUGUUUGUCAAGACUGCGGGACGAUCUGCAAAAGCCAUAACGGUAGCGCGGGAACAAAUCAAAAGCGGAUCGAGCUCCGUCGAGAGCGCACAUGCUUUGCUCGAUGAGAGCAGGGACAUCGUUGCUGCUUUCCUUGACGUGAAGGAGGGCGCAAGUGUCACGGAUCCCAAAGUCUUCCGUGACUUUGCCGCGUACUGGGAAGAAGAGUAUUUCAAGGACAUGGAUGCACUGAAUAUCCGCCGGCCAGAUCUCCUCACGCGCGUCAGUGAAUAUGUCCCGGAAAUUGUCACCUACGUUGAAAAUAUCGUCAAAAACGGAUUCGCCUACGAAUCUGAAGGGUCCGUCUACUUCAACACAGUGGCCUUCGGGAAGCACCCAAACCACGACUACGCAAAGUUGGAGCCGUGGUCGGCGGGAAACACGAAGCUCUUGCAGGAGGGAGAGGGUGAUCUGACGGUCGAGACGAAGGGGAAGAAGAACCCGGCGGAUUUUGCCCUGUGGAAAAAGUCGAAAGCUGGAGAACCUGCAUGGCCGUCCCCAUGGGGUGAGGGCCGACCGGGUUGGCACAUUGAGUGCAGCGUCAUGGCUGGCGAAGCGUUGGGCGACCAGCUCGACAUUCAUACCGGUGGUAUCGAUCUGGCGUUCCCGCAUCACGAUAACGAGAUUGCGCAGGCUGAGGCACACUACGACUGCAAACAAUGGGUCAACUACUUCCUCCACACUGGCCACUUGCACAUUGAAGGCCAGAAGAUGUCGAAGAGUUUGAAGAACUUUGUUACGAUUCAGCAAGCGUUGGAGAAUAACACCGCUGAACAGAUCCGCAUCUUCUUCCUUUUGCAUCAAUGGGACACUGUGCUGGACUUUUCGUCUGGGGCUUUGGUUGAGGCUAAGGCGAUUGAGAAUACCAUCUUGAACUUCUUGACAACGAUAAAGGCCGUUGUUCGCGAGCAGAGCGGCAGCUACGUCUUCACCGGCGCCCAUAACUACGGAGAGGCUGAGAAGGCUUUGGUCGCAAAAUUUCAAGAAAAGAAAACCGCCAUCCACGCCGCCCUCGCCGACUCCUUCAACACCCCCACAGCAAUGUCCGAACUCCGUGACCUCAUCUCUACCUCCAACAGCUACUACGUUGACCAAUCCAAGCAAAAGAACACCCAACCCAAUGCGGAAGUGCUCGCCAAGAUCGCGAAAUAUGUCACGGAGCUGAUGCGUAUGUUUGGCGUCUUUGGGGAUGCUAAUCCCUCUAUUGGGAAUGUGUCGGCAGGGGCAGGGAAAGGAGCGGAUGUGGAGGAGACGGUUAUGCCGUAUUUGACGGUGUUGGCGAGGUUUAGGGAUGCGGUUAGGGAGUUGGCGCAGAAUAAGGGGGACUACAAAGAGCUCCUCAAACUCAGCGACCGCCUCCGCGACGACGACCUUGUCGAGCUUGGAGUUGUUCUGGACGACCGUGACGAUGGAAAGGCGCUUGUCAAAUUGAUCGAUAAGGCGACGUUGUUAAGGCAGAGGGAGGAGAAGAAGGAGCGCGAACUCCAAAAACAACGCGAAAAAGACGACCGCCUUGCCGCCGCCGCCGCCAAGCGCGCCGAGAAGCUCGCCAAGGGCAAGCUAGCACCCGCGGACAUGUUCAAGACGGACGAGCUGCGCAAGGAGUAUUCCGAGUGGGACGCGCAGGGUAUACCGACCAAAGAUGCCGCUGGCGAACCGCUUAGCAAGUCGCGCCGGAAAAAGGUGGAGAAGGAACAUGCGGGUCAGGCGAAGUUGCAUGAGGAGUACUUGGCUGACUUGAAGGGGCAGUGA